AUGGAUCUUGAUGUUUCUUACAGGCUUAGGUUAUUCUCUGAUCAGUCAUGGGUGGACGUCCAGGCAACAUUGUUAGCAGAUGUAUUAUUACUCGUUCCAACACAGAAUAAAAUUGAUUUUCCAGAAUUUUGGAAUCAAAAUCCACACCUGGAAACUGAAAGUGAAUAUGCAAAGUCAGAACUUGUUCAAAUUUCAAUAAAUGAUGGAUUUGGUUUGGGAAUCAGUAUCAAAGGUGGUAGGGAUUUUGAUACUCCAAUCGUCAUUAGUAAAAUCUUCAAGGGGAUGGCUGCAGAUCAAAGUAAACAGCUUAAAGUGGGCGAUGUUAUUUUAUCUGUUAAUGGAGAAAACUUACGUUCUGCAUCUCAUAAUGAGGCGGUUAAGGCUCUCAAAAGAGCCGGUUCAAAUAUCUGUUUAGAAAUAAAACCUAUGCGUCAGUCAACUUCAUUGUUUCUCAGACUGCAGCUCAAACUUUCGUCAUCACCUAUUGGGUCAGCUUCACCGAACACAACUUUGACCAAUGUGUCGGCAACCUCCGCACCACCCCAAAAGCGUAUCCAAAUUCCUCUGACCUUGGCCUACAUUGCUCGACGUCGACAUCGACAGAAUGGCAUCAGUAGUAGUAGUAGCGACGGGAUGCUCUGCUGUAUAGAGAUAUUUUCACCAGAUCUCACUCAGUCCUGUUUGCUCUGCACCGGAUCGCCUCAACUUGCCAGUGUCUGGUUCAAAUCCCUCUGUCGCCAUGCUUCCAUACUCAAUCAACUACAUCUUCAAAAAACUAUGCGAAUUCUACCUCACACUCCGUCAUGGGCAUUAAAGUUAUAUUUCUUAGACUUUUGUUGUAAUUUAGCAAAGCAGACCGACAUCAAUUUAAUAAACCUUGAUAACUACUUCCCAUUUUUCUGCCCUCAGCUUCGCAAAAUUGGCUGGGUACUAGAACUAGACCAAAUAAUUGACGAUGACAGCGACGCCUGCCCAACUAAUUUGGAUGAUCCCUUCCACGCAUCUUCCGGUAGUGACCUUUCAAAUUCGUGUUGGCAACCAGUUUUUCUGGCUGUCACCGACUGUCUGCUAUUGAUAUUCCCUCAAGCCCCACAAUCACCAAUCGAAUGGUCUCUGCCUUCAGUGACUGCGCCACUGCUUGUCACUCGAGCUGCUGUUCAACCCCCAUGUGUUGCAGAAUAUGCUGAUAAUCAAAUAUCCCAAAUUACUCAAAGCCCUAAAUUCUUUGUCGUCCGUACUGGUAGGAGAUGUGGGGUUGAGACGCAUGUGUUUGCAGCUCCAACCGGAAGUGAAUUGGAGAGUUGGCUGGAAACAAUCAGUCAGAGCACCGAAGAUGCGUUGGAUGCAGUGCCUCAACUUUCGAUCGCCUGUCGUUGGCGAGGUAUUGACUCGCUGUUAAUGCUUCACCGUUCUGCAGGAAUCUGUCUCAUUCCGGCGGAUUCCGCCACUCCAACGGCCUCUGGGGCGCAUGUUAUUUCGCAACCUCCGAAAUUGCUAUGGCACUUCCCCUUUGAGCGGGUUUCCUCUACAGCUGAUGAUGGAAGAUCUCGACUUUGGAUCACAUUUGAUCGUGAUUCCGUUCAGGUAUGCCGGCUAGCUUUACAGUGCACUGGGGCAUUCAUAAUUAGAAUGGAAUUUAGAAGCAAAUUAAAUGUGGACUAUGGUUUCCUUAGCCAGAAAAUUUGA